AUGGAUCAAAGAACUAAUUAUUUAUCGUUGAUCCUAUUAGACGCCUUAGAGGAUGAAAAUGAAAGUGAUAUUAAUUUCAUAUUGGAGCGCAAUAGUAAAGCAAUUGAUCCUUCUUAUGUUCCCCAAGACCGGGGCAUAGCACCGCUGCACUAUGUCUGCGGCAUGCAGAAUAAACAAUUGGCUAUAGAUGUUACAAAACGUUUCCUAAGCAUGGGAGUUGAUCCAAAUUGUCGUAGUGAAGAUAAUAUGACUCCUUUGCAUGUGGCUGCCAUGUAUGGAAGAGAGGAAAUAGUACGUUUAUUAUUGGAACAUGGUGCCGAAUUGGAGGUAUAUGAUAAUGAUCGUAAAACACCCGUUUUAUAUGCCAUAGAUGAGUGUAACUUUGAGGUGGUGCAAAUAAUGAAAGAUCAUAUUUUUCUCAAAAAAUACGAAAAGAAAAAGGCUAACAAUACAACUAUUCUCACAGAAUCAAGAUUUGAAAAUUCUUUACAUCAAAGAGCUUUAAAUAAUAAAGCAACAUCAUCUUCAACACCACAGCGCACACCAAAUAAAAAGGAUGAGCCAGCGAUGGCAAAAAAUAAAAAUCUUUUAAAAGUUACAAGUUCUUUAGAUGAAUCUUUUGGUCAAGGCAGCGAAAACAAUAAAUAUACACCAAAUCGUAUUAAUUACAAUUAUGAUGUAACCUCACCUUAUUAUAUAAAUAUUACCCAUAGAAGACACAAACCACAGCCAAAAUUUCCAGAUCUUCCGCCACAGGACACUGAAGAAACAGAGCUUAGGGAAGAAAGACAUUCUAUUGAGGAUGUCUUAUCGAUAUCAAUGCAAAAUGUUAAUUUGUCUUCGCCAGAGCCUUCAGAACCUGUAAAUAUUUUCUCUUUAACACAAGAAAAUCUAAAAGAACUUACCCAACGUACUGCCUCUUGUGAAAGAUCACGUUUAUCUUUAAUUGAAACUUGGAGGGAGAAAGUGCAAAAAUCUCGUGCCCGCCAAUCUAUACUCAAACAAUUCGAUGAUAUUGUAGAAAUGAUAGAUCAAGUGGUCGAAAAUGAUCAUUUAAAUUUUACAAAUACAGAAUUAAAAGAAAAAUCUCCCCUUAAAGACACUAAACAACUACCAGAUAUUGAGGUAGAUAGUGGAGCUUGUGCUUCAACCUCAUCUUCUCUAAUAGAUACAACUGAAUAUCAUAAUUUACCUACAUAUAAUAAAAAACAUGAAACUAACAAAGUGAUGCCAGAAAGGAAAAGCCCAACAAAGCCUCAAAUGAGUUUAAGUAAAUUAAUACAAACUGUAGCUGAAGCUAAAGAACAAGAUUUCGAAGAAAAUCAUUUACAAAUGCCGGACACACCUUCGCCUUCACAACAAAAUGCCGAUUUGGAAAGUAGUUAUCAAACAGUACCAGAAAUUGUGAUUGCCUCUCCAGAUGAUAAUCACCAGCAGGAGGCAAAAGAACAUAAUACCACCACAAACUUUAUACGUUCACCCAAAAAUAAUGAGUAUUAUUUGCAAAUGACAGAAGCUUAUGUUCAUACAGACGAUGAAAAUGGUUUGGUAUUCUACGAAACAAAAUUACUUAGUAAUCUGGGCAAUAAACAGGCACAACAGAGAAAACAUUGUACACCAAAGACUCCUGGUCGAGAUUUGGAUAGUACAAUGACUAGUCAAUCAACAAAUUUAACUAUACCUCUGGAUUAUGAUACAGAUGCCCUAAGAGCCGAACUAACAGCAUUUGGUGAACCCCCGGGACCCAUAACAAAAACUACCAAAAAAUUAUAUAUUAAAAAAUUGAUAAAAUGUAAACGGCACACUACAAAUAUUCCGCAUACCAAAGAAAAUGAAAUUAAAUUUUCAGUUGAACUGGAGAGAACACUAAAGUCUGAGGAGAAUUUUCAACGUAUAAAAGACUAUAUAAAAUAUGAAACACAGUCUAUGGAAUAUUUUGAGGGUAAUAUAAAUAAAAAACAAAUGCGAGAGGGGCAUUUAAAACAAAGUUUCAUAUACAUGUUAAUAGAUCCACGUAUAUCGUGUAAUUUGCCAGGAGAAAGUGUGUUUUUAAAUGAAUUUGAUGUUUGGCAAAGAUUUUUAAAAUCUAUCUUCUAUGUGGGCAAAGGUAAAACAUCACGACCCUAUUCCCAUUUAUAUGAUGCUAUGAAGAUACAUUCUCGUUUACAUAAUAAGAAUGCGCCAGUAGAAACUGAUAAAAAUGGAAAAAAGAUAUCAAUUAAAAAACAACCUUUAAAUGUUGAAAUAUUUAAAUCGCCACCCCAAAAGAAAUUAGAUAGUAAAAAAAUUGAUCGCAUUUUAAAUAUUUGGGCAAAUGGCAAAGGUGUUGUUUGCCUUAAUGUUUUCCACAACAUUUUGCCCGUAGAUGCUUUUACUCGGGAAGCGGCUAUUAUAGAUGCUUUAGGUAUACAACAUUUAACAAAUUGUAAACGUGGCGAUUACUAUGGCCCCUCUAAGACUUGGACUAUGAAAGAGAAAAAAUAUUUGGGUAUAGCAUUACUAUUCAAAGCUAUGCGCAUGUAUUUAGCUGAAGGUGAAUCACAAUUAUCACCUAGUGAUCUUAUUUAACGUGACAGGUAGUAUUCUUAAAUUAAGUUAAAGUUUAUUGUGAUCUCAGUUUAUUGAAGUUUAAAAUUUUUUACCAACUAUAAGUGCAAAUUAGCAAGUGUAACGUGCUUUAAUAAUUUUUAUAUUGUGUCCUCAUAGAUACGUGUAUAAAUUUAGUGACAAUUCAGUUAUAUUAAGAAAAUUAAAUUACAAGU